UUUGUUAUAACUUAACUAAUCUUUUUUAAUAAAUUAAUACAUUUGAAAAUAAAAUUAGUCUAUAUUUAAUGUACAAUAGCAAUUUUCUUAGUUUUUUCUAUUAUUUUGUCAUUUCAAUAUCCCAACACACAAAAAUUGAGAUAUGUUGGCGAUUUACUAAAUGGAGUUCAACUCCACCUGCCUAUAUUCAUUUCUAGUAGUAUGUGCAGUCUCAUCCCUCUCAGUGUCCAUCGGAACUGGAGGGGGACUGCUCUACGUCCCAAUUCUAGGAUUACUAUACCAUGAUGUCGCUCUUGGAGUGUAUUUGUCAAAGAUUUCAAUCCUAAUAACCUCUUUUAUAGGAACAACAUACCAUAUAUGCAAUGAUGCAUAUUUGUUAAUAAAGUCUAGUAAAUACAAAUCUGAUGAAGAAUCGCAUUCUGAUUUAACACCUAAAACAGUCCAGCCCCCAAGGGUUUACUUCGUUUUAGCUGCUUCCCUGGUUCCAUCAUGUAUAGUAGGUACAAACUUGGGAACCAGGUUCCACUUUUUCGCAAAGAGACACCUCAAGAUCUUACUCACAUCUGCAGUUGCCUUCUCCAUGUUAGUCACAUUUUUAAAGUUGUAUUUAAUAUAUAAAAAUCGCAAAAAUAAGCUAAAUUUCCAACCGGAAUCUAAAAAUUUUGAAACUCCUACUAUAGAAAAUUCAAAUGCUGAAGUCGUUAGCAAAAAUUUCAUAUCACAUAUUCUCGAGCCAUACAGUAACUCUAGUUUACAUACAAUUAAAAUGAGGUCCAUUUCACUCGCAAUAAUUUUAUUUUGUAUCAUAUUGUACUAUAUAGCCGUGAGAUUUGAAGACUCUUUCACGCCGAUUCCUAUAUUAGUUUUGCUCUGCACAAUUGGAGUAUAUUUUUCAAUCAAGUUGAGGAUGUCAUUCAGGUUAUCAAAAGAAUAUGACGAGACAACGGACUCUGACAGCGACGAAGAAAGCCAAGUAAAAGAAAAAAAGGAAAGCAAGAUUAGGAAAUUCUUUGAAGAGGGAAUACACAUUAUUUUAUUAAAUACAAUGGUAGCGUUUUUCUCUGGAUUCAUGUCAGGCGCAAUAGGAAUCGGCUCAGGGAUAUUCCUUGUUCCCCUAUUGCAAUACCUAAAUGUUCCACCACUUUCUUGCUCGGCUACGUCUAACUUGCUGACAAUGUCAAUGUCGAUAGCGACGCUAUCGAGAUUUAGUUUCAAAAUAGACUUAUCCCGAGAAAUGGUUAUACCUCCAGUCUGUGGAUCAUUGUUAGGUACUUCUCUAUCAUUAUUUUUCAUAAGGUCCGUUAUUCAGGACAAAAUCACAAGGUUAUUUAUAAACGUCACUCUUCUUAUAUAUUGCACUUCAUCCAUCAUUGUAACAUGGGCGAUUUAAUACUAAAUUACAAAAUUUUGUCACUUCAAACAUUUUAAAAUUCACAGCCAAGUAGGUUAAAAUAUCUGCGUUUUUUCCGAAAAAAGGAAUAGAGAUUUUAAUACACGUGAUUUAACGAGAAAUUUGUUCGUUUAAAUGGAGAUUUUAAUAUGUAAAUUUGUUAUGAACAUUUA